AUGCAAAAUCUCAUUAUAUUCUUAACUGCAUUUAUUUUAACUGCACAUGUUCAUUAUAUAUUUGGUUUACCAAUCGCCGAUGUAAAAGAACAUAAUGAACCAGAGAAACGUUCUGAUGAUACAUUACUGCCGAAUGAAAAUUUUUCAUUAGUUACAAAUGAGAAAUUAAUUAAAUUAAAAGAAGUUGCAGAUGCUGUUCAUGAUCCUAAACUACAUGAUCUUUAUCGUGCAGUUAAUCAUUAUGUUAAAAUGGCACGUAAAAAUAAUGAAUAUGUUUUAUGGAAAUAUGAUGCUAGUCAAGAAGGCCUGGUUCUUGUCUUAAAACAAAAUUUAAAUGGUAUUCUCUACUAUGGUUAA